CCGGUCGACUACAGGCUUUAUGUGCAGCACCUGUUCACUCAGCCCUUCUGCUCACUCUGCACACACUCUUACACACACACACGCACACACACACACUCACACACAGUCUCUCCACACACUCCUCGUAGAUCGCAGAGCAGAGCUUCAAGCAGCAUUUCUCCUCUGGGAAUUCUUCACGCUACAGAAAGUGUUUACUUAAAUCUGGAUUCUUCUUAAGCAUGCCUGUCGUUCACACCGUUCUUCUGGAAGUCUGGAAAGACUGUGAGGAACUUCAGAGAACUUUUCCUGGUGGUUUGCUGGAACUCGGUGUCGACUGUUGAUGGUUCUUGAUCCUCCAGAUUUUUUUGGUUCUGUCCUGGAUUUCGGAGAGAUUUUGCACACUUUGAGAAGACACGUUGUAGAACCUGAGGACUCUGGUGUGAGGAAUCUUCUACAUCACGACUAUGUGGUUUCGACUUCUCCUCGCCUCGUUGUUCCGCGUACGGGAUGUGUGUGUAAGGUACGGGUUCUCCGUGUGCUCAUGCUGAACGGGACUCCAGCGCGUAUCCAGUGCGUAAAGCUGAGCCAAAUGAUUCCUCUUCUUCUCCUCUCUCUUCUGUUGUCUCUUCUUCAUGGGUCGGAGGCAGAAUCCACGCUCCUCGCUAAGCUUCACCACUCCAAUGGAAAAGAGCACAAUGGGGUUCAGGAGUCUCAGCACGAGAAGGUCUUGAUGAUCAGCGGCGACGGCGUCGUCCACAGUCCCGGGUUUCCACACACUUACCCACGCAGCACUGUGAUCGUGUGGAGACUCGUGUCAGCCAGUGAAAACUCCAGGAUACAGCUGACCUUUGACCCCCGCUUUGGCCUGGAGGAUCCUGAGGAUGGCGUGUGCAAGUAUGAUUAUGUGGAAGUGGAGGAACCUGAUGGAGGGAUGGUGUUGGGUCGUUGGUGUGGCUCUCAGUCUGCUCCUGGCCCUCAGACGUCCAAAGGGAACCAGAUACGCAUUCGCUUCAUUUCAGACGAAUACUUUCCCUCAGAGCCAGGUUUCAGCAUCCAUUACUCUGUCCUGCAGCAGAAGCCGUCCGUGCCCGCCGUCGUGCCCGCCGCCGUGCCCUCGGCUCUGCACAGCGUGGAGGCUCUGAGUGAAGCCGUGUCUGAAUUCGGCACAGUGGAGGAGGUCCUGAAAUACCUGGAGCCUGAUCGCUGGCAGCUUGACCUGGAGGAGCUUUACAAGCCGCAUUGGCAAGUCCUGGGCAAGUCCUUCUUCCAUCAGAAAAAAAACAGAGGCGUGGUGGAUCUGAACCUGCUCCGGGAGGAGGUCCGGCUCUACAGCUGCACUCCUCGUAAUUACUCGGUGUCCCUGAGAGAGGAGUUAAAGAGGACAGACGUGAUUUUUUGGCCCAGCUGCCUGCUGGUGAAGCGAUGUGGUGGAAACUGCGCCUGCUGCUCCAACAACUGCUACGACUGUCAGUGCACGCCCACUAAAGUGACCAAAAAAUACCACGAGGUCCUGAUGCUGAAGUUCAGACCGGGUCGAGGCUCGCUCAAGUCGCUGACGGACGUGGCGUUGGAGCAUCACGAGGAGUGCAACUGCGAGUGCAAGAACGACUGAACGAGGAGCUUCAAUGAGGAAAUAUUUAUUCAACGGACUUCUUUGAAUCGAGCGGUCCGGCUAACGAACCCGAGAGAUAAACGUGUUUCAGCUGGACUUGGCUCCUCUACUGGUCAUCUCACAGAUCUGUGGAAAAAAAAUCUUCUCUGGUCCAGAAAUUUUGGGCAGGAUGAUGGAUCAUUUUAACAUUUUCAAUAUGGACAAAACAUUUUGUUAUCCAAAUAUGCUUCCAAUCACGCUCCAGAAAAAAGACGUGAUUAUUUUCUGGUUUCUGUUUUCACCUUCUGACGUUCUUCAUCCUUCUCCAAACCUCACUGGAUUUUUUUUAUGAUGCUUUUGAUACCAUGAACCUCUUCACCGGAGGUCCCUGUGGACCAGAGGACAACCUCCAACUCUUACUAAACGUACAUUUGAAAGAGGAUAGAGGACAGAGAGAGAGGACAGAGAGACAUCUGCGUAUGUCUUCUUUCGAACAUGUUUGGCUCUGUAUGAAUGAUGAGAGCGUCUCUUUCAUCAGCGUUCUCCUGAACACGAGGCUAGGAGAACGUUCCGGGAAACGUUUUUUUUUUUCAGUGUCCUCUCUACUAGAUUCAACCGUCAGUCUUCUGGUGAUGGGGUUGGAGAUGAGCGAGGAGGUGUGAGCGAGCUCGUUUUGUAGAUCGAUGUAAAAAGCCUUUCAUCUUCUGGUUUUCUUGAGUUUUGUAUCUUUAUUUUUAUCCAUGGUGUGUUUUGUAUGCAGCUCGUACCGUCUCACCGUCUUACACACGUUUCUCUGUAUUAAAGGGUUCAUCAGUCCAUCAGCAAAACCCACAUUGUUCAAGAGCUCUCGUAGGAUCGUGUUCACAAGAUAUAUGUAGAGACAAAUAAUGUUCUUUUAAUCAUUUUGUUUGAUUUUUACUUCCCUUUUAAAUCCUAAAAUGGAGAGUAUUUUGGGUGAAAUUGAGAGUAAAGGCAACAAAAAAGUUAAUUAACUGUUGAUUUUAACCCCCAAGCCCCACCCCCUAAAACACCCCUCACACAAAGCUCCAAACCCAAAUAUAACUCCAUCCAUCAUGCAGAGGUCUGCCCCUUACACAGAGCUCCGCCCCUUUAGGCAAAGCCCCACCCACACAUGAUGCUCUUGUAUAAAAAGUGGAGGUGCUGAUUCAGUGCUCUAAAGAGUUCAUUUAGCACUGUAGGUUUUGCUGUAUACAGGUACAGACAAGUAUAGAAUGGUAUAUACUGGUAUAAACUGGUAAAGACAGGUCUAAACCGGUAUAGACUGGUAUAAACUGGUAUAUACUGGUAUAAACUGGUAAAAACAGGUCUGAAUCGGUAUAGACAGGUAUAGACUGGUAUAAACUGGUAUAUACAGCUAUAAACUGGUAUAUACAGGUCUAAACCGGUAUAGACAGGUAUAAACUGGUAAAGACAGGUCUAAACCGGUAUAGACAGGUAUAAACUGGUAUAUACUGGUAUAAACUGCUAAAGACAGGUCUGAACCGGUAUAGACAGGUAUAGACUGGUAUAAACUGGUAUAUACAGGUAUAAACCGGUAUAGACAGGUAUGAACUGGUAAAGACAGGUCUAAACUGGUAUAAACCGGUAUAGACAGGUAUAAACCGGUAUAGACAGGUAUAAACCAGUAUAGACAGGUAUAAACUGGUAUAGACAGGUAUAAACCGGUAUAGACAGGUAUAAACCAGUAUAGACAGGUAUAAACUGGUAUAGACAGGUAUAAACCGGUAUAGACAGGUAUGAACUGUAGAAACAGGGAUAGACACAAAAUAAAUAUUGCCUAAAAGUAAAGUGGUUGAAAGUAAAGUUGACUUCAUGCGGUUUCUUCAUUCGUAUCUCCAUGUCCUGGACUUUUACACACCGAUCAUCACAUCAGAUUAUUCUGUUCAUCCAUCCGUUUUUUUUUACUGGAAGUUUGAUUAUUUCUAAUUAAUCGGCCUGUUAGACGUGUCCUCGUUGUAUAUGUGCAUUCUAACAGCUGUCUUCUGUGUAUUUUAUUUAACUCCAUGUGCAAAAUGGUUAAAAACUGACAGACUGGAUUUGAUGCUUCUCAUUGCAAUGGCGUGUGUGUGUGUGUGUGUGUGUGUGUGUGUGUGUGUGUGUGUGUGUGUGUGUGUGUGUGUGUGUGUGUGUGUGUGUGUGUGUGUGUGUGUGUGAGUGUGUGCGUGUGUGAGAUUAAUGUUUUUCUCCUGAAAUUUCUCUGUAUUGUUCUUUGACCCAUAAACCAUUAAACCCACAUUCAGACUUCA